AUGUCUACUCUUCUCCGCAUCUCGUUGGCUGCAGUCGCCUCGUGCGCUCUGGUCGCGGCUAGAUCUUCUGUCUUUCCUGAUUGCUCUGGAAUUGCGCAUGCAUCGUUCAGCGCUGCGUUCCCUGCUACGUUUCUUAAUGUGACAUAUUACGACACGGGCACAUUGAAUGUUUCAGGGAUCGUCAACGAAGUCUCAUUUUGCGAGUUUCUCGUUUCGAUCCGCUAUGGUAAAAAUGUUUCGAUGGGCGCUGGUAGAAGUAAUUCCCUUCAAUUUGCACUAUGGUUACCGGAGUUGAAAUACCCCUCGAGAUUGAUGGCACUUGGAAACGGAGGCGAGGCAGGAGUCAUCAAUUACGAUGACAUGAUGGACGAUUUGAACAGUGGGCUAAACUUCGCUGUCGCUGCUGGCAACGCUGGCCAUUUGUUCUCUGACAACGAUGCUGGUGUUGGAACUAGCCUCGGUGCACCUGGCGUCUAUCAACCAUAUUUCCAUGACGAAGAUCAAGUAAAAGCCUGGCUGCACGACGCAAUAAGCAUUUUUACACCAGCUGCGAAGUCACUGAUGGAAAGUUACUACGGGUAUCGGCCACGGCAUUCGUAUUUUCGUAGUUGUUCGACAGGCGGUGCGCAGGCUUUUUCGCUGGCAGAGUUCCAUCCGGAUUUAUUUGAUGGGAUUAUCGCUGGAUGUCCUGCGAAUUGGUUCACACAUCUCUCACUUGCUUUCCUAUGGGGGCAACAACAGACGAAGACCGACGCAACGACUCUUCCAGCACCGGUUCUUGACUUCAUCCAAGCCAGCGUCAUCAAAGAAUGUGAUCUUAUCGACGGUGUAGCAGACAACUUGAUUGAAAAUCCUCUCGCCUGCCCCUUCAACAUCUCAUCUCUGGCCUGUACAGCCGCUCAUCACGCUGAGAACAUUACAUGUCUCACGCCUUCCCAACUUUCUGCGGCAAAAGCUUUAUAUCAAGGACCAGUUCGUUCAGACUCGCUAAGUACAUCUAUAUUCCCCGGAUACGCACUCGGCUCUGAGGGUGGCUGGUCGUUACCCCAGGUCCAAGGCGCCAUGUCAAACGCAAUCACCAUUCCCAUCCUGCAAAAUCUGGUAUAUCGAAACCUAUCCUAUGACCCAUCGACAUUCAAUUGGGCGUCCGACGUGGACUUCUUGGAUUCACGCGUUGGCCCACUCAUCGACGCAGUCACUACCAAUUUCACCUCUUUCCGAAAGAGCGGCAAGAAAAUGAUCGUCUAUGCCGGCUGGGCAGAUCCGAUGAUCUCUCCCAUGUGGUCAAUGCAACAUGUCGAAGCUAUUACCAAAGCCACGAUGGGAUCUCAGACUACUAUAGCGGAGAAUGAUUUUAUCAAGCUUGUGAUGGUGCCUGGGGGUGGACAUUGUGGCGCACAGGUCGCCAAGUAUCCGUAUGUGCCUGCUCAGUAUGGCUUUUCUUCUGCGAUCGUCGAUUGGGUGGAAAAUAAAACGGAGCCGGUUGAAGGAAUCAAGAGUUGGGGACCAACAAAUGGAGAGAAUAGAACGAGGAGGCUUUGUACUUGGCCGCUUGUUGCGAAAUUUAAAGCAGGGGGAGAUGUUGAUGACUGGGAGAGUUAUACUUGUGGGUAA